GCCGCCGCGACAGCCACGGUGACUGCGCCGGCUCCCAGCGCCCGGCGAGAAGGAACCUGGACAUGACCAGAAAGAUCUUCACAAAUACCAGGGAGCGGUGGAGGCAGCAGAAUGUCAACAGCGCCUUCGCCAAGCUGAGGAAGCUUAUUCCCACUCACCCGCCAGACAAGAAGCUGAGCAAAAAUGAAACACUUCGCUUGGCAAUGAGGUAUAUCAACUUCUUGGUCAAGGUCUUGGGAGAGCAAAGCCGACAGCAAACAGGAGUAGCUGCUCAGGGAAGCGUUCUGGGGCUCUUUCCCCAAGGGCCCCACCUGCCAGAUGUGGAUGACAGAACUCUGCUCUACAGAAACUCUGACUACAGAGUUUCUUCCCCUGGCCCAAGCCAUGGGGCUCCCUAGGGUGGUCGUGACUGUCAGCCCCCAGGGCAGUACUAGUUAAAGAGUCGUGUGGUUUCAUGCUGCCGAGAGGUAUGCCGCAGGAACUGACCCGGACAGCUGCUGAGAGCCGAAAGGAGGCUUGAGCAGUGUUGCUCUGGCCUCAUUACCCCAGAACUUCAGGCAGAGCGAGCGGCUCGCUACUGUCUGUUCUAUAAAUCAGCACGAGACAUUUAAAAAAUUACAAAUAAAAAAAGC